GCGCUCCUGUCAUUGCUGAAGCACAUGCUUGGAAUUCUCAUCUACUGCUCCUACGGCAUUCUGCUGAGAAUCAUUCGGCAGAACACGCCGGAUCCGAGCUGGAUUUGCGAGCGCUUCCCGCUCCUGGGCAUCUCCUUCAACAUCCUCCCUUUGGCUCUCUUUACAGAGUUCUGCUACUGGAUGACCAAAGCGCAGACCCUCUUCCUACCCGGAUUCCUCGGCGUCUUCAUCACGGCCUUCGUUCUCAUCCUGCUUGGAUACCAGAAGGUCUUCGACACCGAGGGCUUGCUGAAUUAUUUAAACGUGAUCAGCCUGUUCAAUUCUUUCCGGAUCUACUCCAUGGAGUACACGCUCCGGCAAAGGUACAUCGCCAUGCAUCGGGUCGAGGUAAUGCAAGAGCGGAUCGAGGGCAUCCUCGGGACGCUGAUGCCACCUUUGGUGAUCGAGGAAAUCAAGAGACUGGCGCACUACGUGUCUCAUCAGUACAAGCAUGCGACCAUCGCCCAGUCUGACCUUUGCGGUUUCACCGCCCUCGCGAGCACCCGAGAGCCGGAGGAGGUCGUCAAAUUCAUCAGCCAGAUUUUCGACCUCUUUGAUGAUCUAGCAGAUCGCUACGACAUCUACAAGGUUGAGACAGUUGGCGAUGCCUACAUAGCCGGGCAGGCAGACUUCCCACUGACGGUUGACAACAAGCCGUUGCAUGUGGUGCUGUUCGGCCUACAGAUGACGAUGGCCACACGAGCCUGGUCUGUGCAAUGCGGUGAGAACAUCAGUUGCCGCGUGGGCGUGCACACAGGGGAAUGCGUCGGUGGUAUG